AUGGAUCAAGCAAGUGCAAGUCAGACGUCUGAGUCGAGGGAUUCUUUACCAGGAGGUGCUGGCGCAGGAACAGAGCAAUUUCAUUCGAAAUCUGUUUCCGACAGAAGCAAAGUUCGAGGUCGAGGUCGAGGAGGUCCGCCGAAUAAGAAACGAGAUAUGGGCAGGUCAGAAUGGAGCAAAACGAAACCAGACAAGCGAAGACGGAACGACGACCAGCAAGCAGCAAAACGACAGCGGAUUGAUCGAGGAGACGCUCCAUUACCAGCCUACGCUACUCAAUUCUCGAAGGAUGAUAUCGCUGCCGAGGAAAGAAGGCCAAAGAAAAAGGUCGCUGUUCUUAUAGGAUAUUCUGGUACUGGAUACCGUGGCAUGCAAUUCGCGCAUGACCAGAAGACCGUAGAGGGCGACCUCUUCAAGGCCUUUGUUGCUGCAGGCGCAAUUUCAAAAGCCAAUGCCGACGACCCAAAGAAAUCCUCGUUUGUCCGGUGUGCCAGGACGGAUAAAGGUGUGCACGCUGCAGGGAAUGUCAUUUCACUGAAAUUGAUCGUUGAGGACGAAGAUACCGUGCAGAAGAUCAAUGAGCAUUUGAGCCCUCAGAUCAGAGUCUGGGGCUACGAGAGAACAAUCAACAGCUUCAGCGCAUAUCAAUUGGUCGAUUCGAGAAUUUACGAAUACCUCAUCCCUACACAUUCAUUCCUCCCUCCUCACCCAAGCAGCUACCUUGGUCAAAAGAUUGCAGAGUCAGCCAGGGAGAACGAUGAUGAAGAGCGCUGGAGAAGCAGACAGGAUGAGGUUGAAGGCUUUUGGGAGAAGGUUGAUGAGGAGCACAUUACACAGAUUCUUGAAGGGUAUGAUGCUGAUUCCCGGAACGUACUCGAAAGAGCGCUGUAUCCUAAAGAGGGCAAUGCAGCUGCCCCAGCUCCUUCACAAAAUAAAGAGAGUAACCGCAUUGGCGAGGAACUAGGGUCGAUACGAAGCCAUGAAGCAACAGAGGCAUUUCUCAAUAGUGGGGUAAAUGAGAACAAUCGGAGGGAAAUCGAAGAAUUUUUGGACAAAAUCGAUAAAGAGAAUGCAAGCGAAACCCAAGUCAAGCUAAUGCUCGAAGACUACGAUAAUGACACAAGAGUCUUGCUAGAGACAGCGCUCCUUCUUCGAGAACAAGAGCCUUCAAGAUCUGCAGCCUCUCUAGCAUGCGAAGCUCAGAGCUCGUUGACGACUAAGGAUAAGAACUUACCCACAAUCGCUGAAGGCAUUAAGAAGUUACGUGCUGCCUACAUUGCUGCCAAACGUUCCUAUCGUAUCUCGCCAGCUCGCCUUGAGCGCGUUCGAAGCUGUCUAGCAAUGUACGAAGGCACAAGAAACUUUCACAAUUUCACCGUCGAAAAGAAAUUCAGGGAUCCAUCCGCCAAGCGCGUAAUCAAAUCUUUCAUUGUCAACCCGAAGCCUAUUCUCAUUAAUGGGACCGAAUGGCUGAGUCUCAAAGUCCAUGGCCAGAGUUUCAUGAUGCAUCAAAUCCGAAAAAUGGUCGGAAUGGUUGCGCUGGUCAUUCGAUGUGGUUGUGAUCCAAAACGGAUUGCUGAGGCCUAUGGGGAAGGGUCCAUUUCAAUACCGAAAGCACCGAGCCUCGGUCUGCUCCUUGAGCGCCCAGUCUUUGACUCUUAUAACAAGCGCGCAAAAAGCGAGCAUGGUAAAGAAGCGAUAGAUUUUAGCAAGUAUGAGAGCGAGAUGGAGGAGUUCAAGCAAAGAGAGAUUUACGAAAGGAUCUAUCGAGAUGAGGAAAAGAACAACGUCUUUGGCAAUUUCUUCAACCAUGUCGACAACUUCGCCAGCGAAGCAUUUCUCUUCGUGACAUCUGGGGGCAUUACGGCGACCAAAGCUGCUGGUAGAAACAGCGGAGAUAAGGAUGUUUCCAUUGAUCCAGCACUCGAGAGCGAGCCAGAGAAUGAGACAGUGCGUAACGGAGAGGGUGAAGAAGGAUGA